AUGGCAGCUCGAUGCCCUGAGUUUCUAUCUUUGACUCUCGACCCUUCAACUCUCACGCAACGUCACAGCAUUCAGGAAAUAGCUGAGGAGUUAUUCAGAUACCGCUAUACAUGCGACGCGUCUAUCACAUUCGUUGCUACAGCACAGAUGCUGCAAUACCCAGACACAUACAAUCACAUGUUGGGUUUCAGAUGUAUGGCGCUGGCCAAGUUGAGGAAUUUCUUGUUGAGACCCGAGCUAUCCCAUAUGACAGAUGAUAUGCUCUGCGCAUCAGUUGUCAAUAUGACCCUCCUAGCAUUAUCUGAUCUUUUCGGAACUGGAGACGGCGAUGCUGCGUUCAGCCAUUGUUCCGCCCUGUUGCAGAUCAUGAGCGGCAUGGAUUAUCAGUCUAGCUCGAGAAUGAUGACCCGUAUGCCCUUUUUUAGUCGGCUUGCGAUUGAAACAGCCAUAUUUGGCACUUCAACUCUGGCCAUAUUCCAAGAAAAUCCAGAUUGCAGAAUGUGGCCAAGUGCAUGGGAAAGGCUCGAAAAGCUCUAUGCGUGUGAAACCCAUCAUGCAUGCGGUGACAUCGACGCUUCACCUCUCCUCCGAGGUCAUCCAGAUCUCUUCUUCCUUCUCUUAAAGCUUGUUGAACUGAGCCGGGUACAAGACCCAGUGGAAAGAGGUGGCCGUUUGUCCGUCAUAGAGCAUCGUCUCUUAACGCUCAAGCGAGACAACUUCCACAUAUACGGCCGCAACGCAGAUGGCGAAGCGACUCACUUAUGGGGCAUCAUCUGGGAGCACGUAAUCUCAGUCCUUGGCAUCUAUGUCACGAGUCUUCGAAACCCUAAUUACUGCUCUAGAUCACCACAGAUCUCAAAACAAGUCAAAGCCGCAUUGCCAGCGUUGAAGCUAAUAUGGGGGCUUCAGAAUGACAAGUCUAUAGCCUGGAAAUUACCAUUCGCAGCCCUAGACGUCGGAAUAGUACGAAAUGUGGGUGUCCAGACAUUUUUGAUGAUUGUUGUCUGUGCUGUUGAUGACAUAGAAGACCUAGAGCUGCUGGUUCGCCGAUUCUACCAAGGAAAGGCAUUUAUCUCGGAAGCUUAUUUCCAGAAACUUCAACAGGUGAUUCAGACUGUCAGACGUCGGAAACUUGAUAAUUAUGAAAUUUGUACUGGAAAUGCAACCUUGCCUUGUAAUGGAAAGCAUGAUGGUCUUGAUAUCCUUCGACUAAAAUCAUAG